AUGGCUGUCGUUCAGUUGUGUAUUUUAGCGCUGUUUGUGGCUUCCACAAAAAGCACCAGCAUGUAUAAUAUGUAUUCCAACAUGAUCAUGCUUGAUGGGAAAGGAAAUUACAAUGUUUCCUACAACUACAACGAGUCCGCAGACACACUGCAGUUUAUGGUACAAGUGAGAACCACAGGUUGGGUUGGUUUCGGUGUUGCUGAAGUGGCUCCAAAUAUGAUGAAGUACUACGAUGUGGCAAUAGGUGGGGUAACAGAUAACGGAACAAGCUAUCUGCGGGACUACCUUACAAUUGGCCAGACACUACCACGACUAGAUACCCAACAAGAUUGGAUGCUCAUGAACGCUAUGGAGGAGAAUAACAUCACAACGAUAAAGUUUUACCGCAUGAGAAACACCACUGAUCUACAAAAUGAUACCGCUAUUCCGAAAGGAAUGUCCAUUUCUAUUGUAUGGGCAUAUCAUCCCAUGAGCGACAACCUUCAAUAUCAUGGCAAUCAAUACAGAGGGUUUUACAACGUCACCCUCAUCCCGGUUAUCACUCCAACGCCGACAAUAAUGAUGGCACCAUCCACAGCUGUAGUCCAGCCAGUGCUACAUUCCGACCUGAUUAUGCUCGAUGGCAAGGGAAAUUACAAUGUUUCCUACUAUUAUAAUGCAGCCUCAGACAAAUUGGAGUUUAUGGUGCAAGUGAGAACCACAGGUUGGGUUGGUUUCGGUGUUGCUGAAGUGGCUCCAAAUAUGAUGAAGUACUACGAUGUGGCAAUAGGAGGAGUAUCAGAUAACGGAACGAGCUAUUUUCAGGACUAUCUUACAGUUGGCCGCAUGCAACCCCGACUAGAUACCCAACAAGACUGGAUGCUCAUGAACGCAAGUGAAGAGAACAAUGUGACGACGUUGAAAUUUUACCGCAUGCGAAACACCACUGACCUUCAAAAUGAUACCGCUAUUCCGAAAGGAAUGCCAAUUUAUAUCGUAUGGGCAUAUCAUCCCAUGAGCGACAACCUUCAAAAUCAUGGCAAUCAAUACAGAGGGUUUUACAACGUCACCCUCAUCCCGGUUAUCACUCCAACGCCGACAAUAAUGAUGGCACCAUCCACAGCUGUAGUCCAGCCAGUGCUACAUUCCGACCUGAUUAUGCUCGAUGGCAAGGGAAAUUACAAUGUUUCCUACUAUUAUAACGCAGCCUCAGACAAAUUGGAGUUUAUGGUGCAAGUGAGAACCACAGGUUGGGUUGGUUUCGGUGUUGCUGAAGUGGCUCCAAAUAUGAUGAACUACUAUGAUGUGGCAAUAGGAGGAGUAUCAAAUAACGGAACGAGCUAUUUUCAGGACUAUCUUACUGUUGGCCACGUGCAACCCCGACUGGAUACCCAACAAGACUGGAUGCUCAUGAACGCCAGCGAAGAGAACAACGUGACGACGUUAAAAUUUUACCGCAUGCGAAACACUACUGACCUUCAAAAUGAUACCGCUAUUCCGGUAAGAGUCCAACCAAUUCUAAUCACCAAAGAUGAUAGUGUUAUUGAUGGGAGUAACAGGAAGAUUACGAGAACAAUUCAUAUUAGCUCAUCAAACUACUCCAAGAUCCUAUCAACCGGCUUUUUUAUCAAAUCACUUUCAAUCAGCACUGGAAAUUGUGUCAUUGGGUCGUAA